UGUGGGGAGACUUGGACAACAUCUUGUGGGACGAUUUCCUUAGGAGCGACAAACCUGAACAAUAGACAAGUUUGCGAGUGUGAUUGACAAUGUGUAACACCUUCCUAAGCUCCUUCUUCCUCCCAAGAAAGCUGUAUUGCUCAAACACAUCACCUAUUACAAGAUGAAUGGGCACCAGCGCAAAUGGAAGAAGCCCAAGAAUCGUUGCCCCAAGGGUGAUGUGUUUGAGCAAUACGGUUUUUUUGGGAGGAAGAAGGAGCUUAGGAAGGUGUUACACAUUGACAAUCACACUCGCAAACUCGUCCAUGGCAGGAGGAUCACCUACUAUGAGGUGGAAUGGGAGAGUGAUGAAGGCAAGCCUGAUUCGUCGUGGGAGAGUUGCAAAAGGUUGCACAAGUGUGCUGUGGCAAAACACUUGUACAGGAUUGGCAACAGGUUUUGAAGAAACUGCCUCCUUUCUUUCUGUUGGUACGAGUUUUUUAUUCUAGUUAG